AUGGUUUCAACAAUCAUUCUGAUCACCGGAGCAAACUCCGGUAUUGGCCUCGCCUCCUCAAAAGUGCUCGCCUGCGCCUCCCCAUCGUACCAUGUAGUGAUGGCAGKCCGCUCGCUCUCCAAAUUGGACGCCGCACUCGACGACCUCAGAUCCUCCUACUCACACGAGAUCAAGGGAACGCUCUCCACCAUCCAACUAGACGUCACAGAUGACGCCUCCAUCGCCAAGGCUGUUGAACACGUAGUCCAAACCUACGGCCGCCUCGACGUCCUCGUCAACAAUGCCGGAAUAGGUGGACUCAACAUACCCGACCUCCGCACCGAGUUCCGGCUUGUACUGGAGACGAACGUCACAGGGCCAGCCGUCGUAGCAGCGGCUUUCCGCCCUCUACUAUUGAAAUCCACAAAUCCAUAUUCGGUAUUCGUCAGCAGCGGCGCGAGGACAUUGCUGCGGAACGCAAUGCAGAAAACAGCCGAGCAAGCCCAGAUCGGAAGCAAGAGACCUGGUGCGUAUCAGGUCAGCAAAGCAGCGCUAAAUAUGCUGGCUGUUCUCGAAGCGCGAGAUUUUGAGGACCAGGGCUUGAAAGUGUUUGCUAUGAGUCCUGGAUUUGUUGUAUCCAAUCUCCGAGGAGAGGGCGAGGAAGCGAGGACUGGUUGGGGAAAGGCAGGCGACCCGGAGGAAUCAGGGAAGCUUUUGUUGAGUAUUAUCAGGGGUGAGAGGGAUAAGGAUGUUGCGUGCCUAGUUCACAAGGAUGGUGUUUUUGCCUGGUAG